CUGGCAGGCAGCAAAAGUGCUUCUUCUCUCGUGUCAAGGGACUUAGCCACUUAGGGUUAUCUAUCUCUCCGUCGCAUAAAUCGGACUGGCCGUUUCCUUUGCUUCGACCAUGGAGACUUCUCUCAGAUAUGGGGCCGAUUCCAAAGCCUUGAGAAUCCAUGCCAAACAAACACUCCCAAUUGACUCCAAUACUCACUUGCAGUUGCAUGGAGAGCUGGAUACCAAAUUCGGACGUCCAUGUUAUUUUAGUGCCUGGCUAAGACAUUUGUAUCCAGAUUUAUCAGCAACCCUUGGUGUAGGAUUGCAGUAUGAUAAAUUUGACAGGCUGUGGUAUAGUGUACGUGGAAAGAAAACAUUCCCUGUGACAAAUGAUGGAUUCCUAAGCUUUAAUAUUAAGGGACGAUCUGAUGUUGAUAAAGAGUUUAAAGAGAGGAAGUCCAGAGGAGCUGCUGAGUUUUCGUGGAGCAUAUUCAAUUUUCAGAAGGAUCAAGAUGUUAGACUUAGAGUCGGCUACGAGGUCCUCGAACAGGUUCCUUAUAUACAGAUCAGGGAGAACAAUUGGGUUAUUAACGUCGACUAUAAAGGUAGAUGGAAUAUGAGAUUUGAUUUGUGAGAAGGCUAGAGAGCAUGUGGUGGAAAGAGGUGGCUGUUGAAAAACCAUGAACCCAAAAAAAGAAAAAGAAAAAAAAAGAGGUGACUGUUGAAUGCUGGUAUUCAUUCCUUUUUUAUUUCUUUUGAUCUUCUAGAUUUGAAGGCGACUUUGCAGAUACUAGAGUCAAUACAAUUUAUUUUGUAGUAAAAAUUUGAAGAAUCACUUGGCUCAGGUACUGUUUUUGAGAUUGUCGAUCUGCACCGGUUGAUUAUUCAUACAUUACCGGAUUUUGGUGUGGACGAUGCCCCCAGAAAUUACAAUAAAGUCUUGUGCAAUCCCUUGGUUUGGAUUAGGGUUGUGCAAGAAGUCUAAUAACCUGAUCAGUCCAAUCUGAUAACCCGGCCUAGUCUAAACUGAAAAAAAAUGGACAACUAGAUCCGUUUGGUCACCUGGGUCAGACUGAGGCGGAUGGUAUGGUUUGACCUACUGUUGUACGUUUUCUUUUUAUAAAAAAUUAUCUUCAAUGUGCUGCUUAAUGAUUGGGGUUCAUUCAUCCUACAACAUCGAACCCUUUUAGUUUAUCCUCCCACAUUUACCCGUUUCACCACUGUUGCUCUACGUGGCUCUUCUUCGUUGCCGGGUGUUGUAGCUUUUGCUUCGUCCAUGAUAAUUCAAGAAUAAAGACAAAGCAGCCGAAGGAAACGAAGUAGUGGGGAUGAUUUGCAAUCUACGAUCACAAAUCUGCGAGAAAGCGAGGACAAGGUAGCCAUGGACAAUGGUUGCUCGCUCGUCUGUCAAACCCGUCAGCUCCCAGGUCUUUUUAAGUGGCGUUGGUGCUUAAGCAAGGUUUUCUUUUUGAUUCGUAUUCACCUACUUAAUCCUUGCUCAUUGGUUGUUGAUUCUGGAUUUUGUUUGAUAUUCAUAUUUGGUUUGCCUAUUGGAAUGGUUUUCUAUUUCA